GCAACAACCAGUCAAGAACAGCAGAAAACCAACUCACACAUACUUGCUCCCAGUACUGAGGAGCAACAUAUCAACAAGAAGUGCAGAAACAAUGAGACCAGGGGCAGGUUUCAAUGCGACGGCGGCAGCAACGAAGGCUGCGGUAGCCCCUCUGGCCGCCGGCGCCGCGCACUCCGCGUGGCACUCGCCGGUGCCGUACCUCUUCGGUGGCCUGGCCGCGAUGCUCGGACUCAUCGCCUUCGCCCUUCUCAUCCUCGCCUGCUCGUACUGGAAGCUGUCCGGGUACCUGGAGGGCAGCGCCGGCCGCGGCCACGACGAAGGUUCCGCCACCGACGGCGCCAAGCUGGUGGCCUCGGACCAGGCGCCAGCAGCGUGGGAGGAGAAAGUACUGGUGGUCAUGGCCGGGGACGUGGAGCCGACGUACCUGGCCACGCCCAUGUCAAGCAGAGACCGUAGCAGCAAGGGAGAAGAGGAGGAGAAGAAGGUGUCUGUGGUCGCCAUGGCUAGCAUCAAGGAUGCUGGUAAUGGUGAGCACAGUCGGAACCAGAUGGAGAGCGUAACCCCGAGCCAUGUUUUUCGUGGGGUUCUUCAAUUUUUGCAAUGACCAACUGGACUAGAUCAGCAAUCAA